AGUCCUACUAUAUUAGUACAACUGACGAUGAAACUGAACAGUACCCUGAUGAAGAAAUUGCAAUUCCAAGCAAUGCUAAUAUAGAAACCCAGAAUGCUACAGAACAAUUCACUGAUGUAUCAAAUCAGAUCGCCAGAAGUGAAGAACAUGUAAAAUUCAUGGCUAAAGUGGAUCAAAUGUUGCAGAAAAAAAGAGAAAAAGAAUCAGCUGAUCAGAACAUCCUUCAACCAAAGAGAAGAAGUCGACCAUGUUUGCAAAAAAUCUUCAAUUGUGAAACAUCAAAUUCUAAGAAAUCAGGUAUCAAUCAUUUAUUACAUGUUCGACUAAGAUUUUUGUUUCGAGUAAUAUAUUUACUGUGUAGGAAACUCUUUUUUCUUUCCCAGAUUAUCUUGACCACGGUGAUGCUACAUACAAGUGUAAGUAUUGUGGUGCCUUCAUGUGGUAUGAUGAACGUAUAAACAAAAGUAGGAACCAAAAAGACCCAACAUUCACACUAUGUUGUGGUCAAGGAAGUGUGAAAUUACCCUUUCUAAAAGAAUAUCCAGAGCUUAUCAAGAAAUUGCUCAAAGGAAAUGAUGCAAUGAGCAGAAACUACAGAGAAAAUAUUAGAAUCUUUAAUAUGAUUUUUGCCAUGACUUCUCUUGGUGGAAAGGUGGACCAAUCUAUGCCAAAAGGGAAAGGUCCUAACAUGUUUCGUUUGCAAUGAGGAAACUAUCAUUUGAUUGGCAGUUUAAAACCGGAUGAGGGUGACUAUUCUAAGUAUUCACAACUAUAUAUAGUUGAUACUGAAAACGAAGUAGAUAACAGAGCUACUGUAAUCAAGUAAUUUUCUAUCUACAUAUGAAAUAAAUAUGUUUUAUUUACUUCACUAUACUUAUAGUUGUUAAUUUAAUUUUUGCCUCUUUCUGUAGCAAGGGUAAAAAUGCAAAGGCAACCGCAGGGAAGCAAAAACUUAAUAAAGAAGUCAUCGAAGCCCUAAUGAAAAUGCUAAAUGAUGUAAACCCUUAUGUCAAAAUUUUCAGAUCCGCUAGAGAGAGGUUUCAAUCAACUACUGAUGAGCCAUUUCACAUGCGUAUUGUCUCUGAUCGAAAAGGUGUUGAUGGGAGGAUAUACAGUAUGCCUACAACAUCAGAGGUAGCAGCUUUAAUACCUGGGGAUUUUAAAAAACAAAUGCCUGACCGUGAUAUAGUCAUUCAAGAGAAGAGUACUGGUCACUUGCAGAGGAUUAGCCAAAUUCAUAUCUCCUAUUUAGCUCUACAAUAUCCUCUCAUUCUAUGCUAUGGUGAGGAUGGUUUCAGGCCUGGUAUUGAGAAAUGUUUUCAGAAAGCCAACAACAAGAAGAAGAAAUGUAUUAGCAUGAGGCAGUGGUUCGCAUUCAGGAUUCAAGAGAGGGAAAACGAGUCUCAUACUUUGUUGCAUUCUAAGAGGUUGUUCCAGCAGUUUCUUUGUGAUUCUUACACCACUAUCGAAUCAAACAGACUAUCUUACAUCAAUUUUAAUCAGUCCAAAUAAGAUGCGAGAACUACAGCUCCAUUAAAGAGGCAGCGGUAGCUGGAACAACUACUAUGGGUGAAGAAGGUAAUCAAAUUAAUAUACCUUCUUCUUUCACCGGUGGACCGCGGUAUAUGGUUCAAAGCUACUAUGACGCAAUGGCAAUCUGUAAACAUUACGGAUUUCCUGACCUAUUCAUCACCUUCACAUGCAAUCCUAAGUGGCCAGAGAUAACAAGAUAUUGCCAAUCAAGAGGUCUAACUGCUGAUGAUAGACCGGAUAUUGUUGCAAGGAUAUUCAAAAUCAAGUUGGAUUCUUUAAUGGUAGAUUUGACAAAAAGGAAUAUGCUAGGAAAGACAGUUGCGUGUAAGUUUUUUCUUUUAUGUACUCGAGGUUUUAUUACUGUUUUUAUAUUUUUACAUAUCCUAAAUUAUUAUUUGUUUCUGCUAUUUCAGCUAUGUAUACUGUCGAAUUUCAGAAGCGAUGAUUACGGCAUGCUCACAUUCUCUUAUUCAUGGCUCCUCAAAGUAAGCUACCAACGGCUGACGACAUUGAUAAGAUUAUUUCUGCAGAAAUUCCAGAUAAAGAGAAAGAGCCAGAGCUCUAUGAAGUUGUUAAGAAUUCAGUGAUUCAUGGUCCAUGUGGUUCAGCUAACAGGAAUUCUCCGUGUAUGGUUGAUGGAUCAUGUUCAAAGAAGUACCCAAAAAAACAUCAAGAUAUUACAAAGGUUGGUGGUGAUGGUUAUCCUGUUUAUAGAAGGAGGAGAACAGAAGACUACAUUGAGAAAGGUGGUAUUAAAUGUGACAAUAGGUAUGUUGUGCCUUAUAAUAAGAAGCUCUCUCUACGUUAUCAAGCUCAUAUCAAUGUGGAAUGGUGUAAUCAGAAUGGUUCUAUUAAAUACUUAUUUAAGUAUAUCAACAAAGGCCCAGAUCGUGUUACGGUCAUUGUUGAGCCUGUUGGUCAGUCUAAAACAAAUGAAACUGUAACUCCUGGCAAAGCACCAAAUAUCAAUGAGAAAAAGAAGAAUGAAAUCAAAGAUUGGUUUGAUUGCAGGUAGUUUUGAUACACUUAAACUACAAUCCGCCUAUUUGAUUCUUUUAACCCUAUCUAACUUGGCUCCUAUCUUAUUAGAUAUGUAUCUGCUUCAGAGGCAAUUUGGAGGAUUUUCAAGUUUCCACUUCAAAAUAGAUCUACAGCAGUUCAGAGACUGUCUUUUCAUGUCGAAGGGAAGCAACCUGCUUAUUUUGAUGGAAAUGCUCAUAUUAAUGAUGUUCUGGAACGUAUACUGAAUCAAGAUUCACAGUUCAUGGCUUGGUUGACUUUGAAUAGGAAUAAUGCUGUUGGAAAGAAUGGUAAACGAGCUCGAGAUCUUCUAUAUGCUCAAAUUCCAUGGUAUUUUAUUUGGGAUGGAAAGAAUAAGCAGAUUAAGAAGAGAUCAAAAGGUUUUUCUUUGGGUCGUAUUAACUACGUUCCUAGAAAAAUGGAAGAUGAAUACUAUCUGAGGGUGCUUCUUAACAUUGUCAGAGGACCUUGCUGUUUUGAUGACAUCAAGACAUAUAAUGGUGUUGUAUACGAAUCGUACAAGGAAGCAUGUUUUGCACGUGGAAUUUUAGAUGAUGAUCAAGUUUUCAUAGAUGGUUUGAUUGAAGCAGGUCAGUAUUGUUUUGGGGAUUAUAUGAGAAAUUUUUUUGCUAUGCUUCUUCUAUCGGAUUCUCUGGCUAGACCAGAACAUGUAUGGUCUCAGACAUGGCACCUUCUAUCCGAGGAUAUAGAAACAAAAAAGAGAGAACAGUACAACAAUCCAGGUAAUUAUGUAUUAUAGAUAUCUAAGCCUAAUUUCAUAUAUAUUAGUACCAUUUCGAAUACUAUUUUUCUUGAUUUACUCUCACCCACAUAAAUUUUUGCAGAACUGACUCUGACAGAAGCUGAGAUUAGAAACUACACUCUUCAAGAAAUAGAAAUGAUUAUGUUGUUUAAUGGUGGAACUCUCAAAGACAUUGCGCAUUUCCCUCAACCAUCACGCCAAGAUAUUGAUAAUUCCAACUGGUUAAUUGUUGAUGAGAUGAGAUACAACCGUGAGUUUUUGGCAGAAAAACAUGCUAAAUGGAUAAAAAUGCUAACGAUUGAGCAGAGAAGCAUAUACGAUGAGAUCACCGAAGCUGUAUUCAAUGAUUUAGGUGGUGUUUUUUUUGUUUAUGGCUUUGGAGGAACAGGGAAAACAUUUGUGUGGAAAACACUAGCAGCAGUUGUUAGAUCAAGAGGACAGAUUGUUCUUAAUGUCGCCUCCAGUGGCAUCGCCUCUUUGUUGUUAGAAGGAGGUAGGACUGCUCAUUCAAGGUUUGCAAUCCCUUUGAAUCCUGACGAAUUUUCAGUUUGCAAAAUCAAGCCUAAAUCAGAUCUAGCUAACUUGAUCAAAGAAGCAUCACUUAUUAUCUGGGAUGAAGCUCCAAUGAUGAGCAAGUUCUGUUUUGAAUCUUUAGACAAAAGCUUUUCUGAUAUUAUCAAGAACAGAGAUAACAAGGUAUUUGGUGAGAAGGGUCUUGUUUUUGGAGGUGAUUUCAGACAAGUUCUUCCAGUAAUAAAUGGAGCAGGGAGGGCAGAAAUUGUUAUGUCAUCACUUAAUGCUUCGUAUCUUUGGGAUCACUGCAAGGUCCUAAAGUUGACUACAAACAUGCGACUACUAUCAGACAAUAUUGGAGAGAAUGAAGCUAAAGAUAUCCAAGAAUUUUCAGAUUGGUUAUUGGCUGUUGGUGAUGGUAGGAUUAAUGAGCCUAAUGACGGUGAGGCUCUAAUCGAUAUCCCAGAAGAAUUGUUGAUUGAAGAAGCAGAAAAUCCAAAAGCAGCAAUUUGUAAGGAAAUUUAUGGAGAUCCAUCAGUAAUGCACAAAGAAAAUGAUCCUAAAUUCUUUCAAAAGAGAGCUAUUUUAGCACCGACCAAUGAUGAUGUCAACACAAUUAACCAGUUUUUGGUAGAGCAUUUGCAAGGUGAGUAAACGUUUAUAUAGCUAUUAUAUAUUUUUUACAUAUUAUAUUUAAGUUAUCUUUAAUAUCUUCAAACAAUUAACAAUUUGUCUGCUUCUAGGGAAAAAAAGGAUCUACCUAAGUGCUGAUAAUAUAGAUCCUACAGAUUCAGAUUCAUUGAACAAUCCGGUAAUCACUCCAGAUUUCUUAAAUAGUAUCAAGUUGUCAGGUUUGCCACACCAUGCUUUACGUUUGAGAAUUGGUGCGCCGGUUAUGUUGCUUAGGAAUAUUGAUCCCAAAGGUGGGCUGUGUAAUGGAACUAGGCUCCAGAUUACUCAACUAGCUAAUCACAUUGUCGAAGCUAGAGUAAUAACAGGUGACAGAAGUGGUGAGAUAGUUUUAAUCUCGAAGAUAAAUUUAACACCUUCAGAUACUAAACUCCCAUUCAAGAUGCGUAGAAGACAGUUUCCACUAUCUGUUGCAUUUGCUAUGACCAUCAAUAAGAGUCAGGGACAGUCUCUAGAGAAAGUAGGACUUUACUUGCCUAAACCUGUGUUCUCUCAUGGCCAACUUUAUGUGGCAUUGUCUAGGGUGACAUCAAAAAAAGGUUUGAGAAUACUAAUACUAAACAAAGAGGGAAAGAUUCAGAAGCAGACAACUAAUGUUGUUUUCAAGGAGGUUUUCCAAAACAUACACUGAGUCAUCUACUUCUGAAUAAGGUAAACUUUACAUAUCUUAUAUUAGUAGCUAUAACAUUUAUACGUUGGAAACACAAAGAACAAUAGUUUUCAUAUAAUUGGGAUUUUCUUUAUAAAUGCAGGUGCAGAAUUAUCAAUAAGGCCACUGAUUCGAGACCCAUGAUGGAAGCAUAUCAGAACUGAUUGUUAGGACUGAUAUAAAACAAUAUUUUGCUUAUUGUAAUUUUUUUUAAUUUAGUUUCUAGACACAGAUUCAACCGGCAGUUUACUUUUCAUUAUCAUAAUUUACUGAACACAAUUUUAAUAAUUUUUGAUUGAGCUUUUAGUUAUUAAACUGUUUGCUAAUCACUUAAAUUUGUAAAAGUCAAUUCAUUGAACACACAGAAAAAGUUAAAAACUAAUUGUCUACAAUGCAUAUA